AUGAGUACAGACGCGGAUGUCCGUAAGUUGAAACAGCGUAGAGCGAGAAUGAAAGGGCAAGUUACUCGUAUAUGGAAUUUUCUCGAAACAGGAACCGCUACAGAGGCAGAAGCACAAAUUCGGUUGCAAAAAUUAGAGGAAUACUCGCGCGCUUUCGAAGAAAUACAAUGCAUGAUCGAAGAUAAGUUGCUGGAUAUGGAAGAAGGCGAGCUGUCAAGUGAGGGCGGUGAGCAAUGUCCCGAAAGAAUGGUAUUCGAGCAAAUAUAUUAUCAAGCGGCGGCAAAGGCGCGAGAGAUAAUUGCAAGCAAGCAAGAGGAAGUGAGGCGGCAGGAAGCUGCAAAUCAGUCAAGGACAACGGAUAAUCAGACAGGAACGUGCGAAAAUAUGCAUCGUCGACCAAAAUUGCCAGAGAUUAAGCUGCCAGUGUUCGACGGAGAUUAUACUAAAUGGCUAUUUUUUAAAGAUAGCUUUGAAACCACGAUUCAUGCAGAUGACAGGUUGAUCGCUGUGCAAAAAUACCAGUAUCUUGUUGGCGUAUUGGAGGGUGAGACUCGCAGUGUCAUAGAAGGCUUUAAAAUCUCAAGUGAAAAUUAUGAAAAUGCCUGGAAACUGUUGAAAGACACAUACGAUAAUAAAAUAAUAAUUAUGCAGAAUCAUUUAGAUGAUUUGUUGAAUCUUCCGGAGAUAACAAAGGAUAAUCGGACUCGUUACGCAAAUUUAUCUGGCAUAUUCAAACGCAUGUAG